UUCCUUCCCGGCGGGCGCGGCGUCAUCGGGGAGCGCCGCCGGGCCGGGAGCAGGGCAGCGGAGCUGACGGGGGCGCGGCCGGGCUGCCCCCGGAGCCAUGGCCCGCCAGCUCAUCGGCCCCGCGCUGCCGCCCGGCUUCCCGCGCCGCGCCGAGGCCGAGCCGGGCGAGGACUUCAGCCAGGUUGCAGGACCAGCACUCCCUCCAGGCUACAAAAGCAGCUGUAGCUCAGAAAAUCCUGACAGUGAUGACGACUCAGAAUCUCUUCCUCUACCCAGAGACGCAAACAGAGAUUCUGAAGAGGAGACAGAAGGAGAUCCAGCACCCAAAAAGCCAAAAAGGAUUCAUGAAGAUGAUGAUGAUGAUGGGUUUUUUGGGCCAGCUCUUCCUCCUGGGUUUAAAAAACAGGAUGAUUCUCCAGAGAGGCCCAUUAUAGGUCCUGCAUUACCACCUGGCUUUAAGAAACCAGAGGACACCAGGAGUAGCAGAUGUUUCAUAGGACAGUCUGUUUCAUCAGAAUCCCGUCCCCAGCUGACAGAUAGUAGUGAGGAUGAAGACAAUUUUAUAGGCCCAAUGCCUGCAAAAGGACCAGUGGAGUCUGAUGUGGCUGAAGAGUUUGAACGCAGAGCUCAGAGAAUGAAAGAAAAGCUUACUUCAGCAGACAGUGAUGAACCCAAACAAGUUACCAGGGAAUCAUGGAUGACAGAGCUUCCACCUGAGUUGAAAAGCUUUGGAUUUGGCCCAAGAACAUUCAAGAGACGAGCUGAUGACAAAUCAGGUGAUAGAUCUAUUUGGACAGAUACUCCAGCUGACAGAGAGAGAAAAGCCAAGGAAAGAGAAGAGGCAAAAAAGUCAAGCAGUAAGGAUAAUGAAGAAAUGGCAUUAUCUGGAAGGGACAAGAGGCUUAUUGAGCAGGUGACUUCAUACAAUGAGUCAAAGAGGUCAGAGUCUCUCAUGGACAUCCACCAGAAAAAGCUGAAGAGCAAAGCAUCUGAAGAGAAGAGCAAACCUCAGGAGAGAAGGCCGUUUGACCGAGAGCAGGAUCUCAAAGUCAAUCGCUUUGAUGAAGCACAAAAGAAAGCUCUUUUAAGAAAAUCCAGAGAUCUGAACAGCAAAUUUGAGCACAGUAAAGGCAACAUGUUUUUAUAAGAUGAAAGCAUUAAGCUUUUUUGAAGUGGAGUCAAUUAAAAUUUGAAUACUUAAUUUUUGUAAGUAUUUUUCUGUAAAUAUUUGUAUGCAAAAUAAAUAUCCUGAUGUUUAACUAUUUUUCCUUGUCUGUAAAUACUCUCUUAGGGAGGAUCAUCUGUACUAUAACAAAACUAGUAAAAAGUCCUUGUAUGAAAAAAAAAAUAAAAUUUGCUACUUUAAAAAUUU